CCGUUGGUUUUGAGACGGUUGACUAGGAAGACCUUUUGUUUAGCCUAAAGCGUCAUAGAACCUUCCAACUGCAACCAACCAACAAUUGGCUGUUCCUGUGAACCUGCAGGGACAAACAUUUAUCACACAAGCUGUUUAGCAAGGGAGGACGAUUAGAAUAGAUCAAACAGCGACACAUUAGCACUGUACCAGCGUCGAAAGCUAACCGACAUCCACAGACACGAGGAUCGAUCACUCCCGGUACUGACGGGAGGCAGUUUCAAAGGGGCGUGGCCAUACUGUAUGUCACAGUAACGGGCAGUGUGCAAACACCGUACGGGCAACAGUCUACAGUAGACGGUCGAGACGAACACCGCAUCGAUCUCAUCCUUGUACACUGCGUGUGUUUCUAUACUAGUGUUGUUAUUUACUUACAACCACCCAUGGUUGGGGGACUACGAUAGAGACCCACCUGUAACUAUCGACACGCUUCAUUCGAUAUGAAAACUCGCCUCUCAUUGGCUACAUGUGAUUAAAACGUGUCUCCUAGGCAACUAUCACGCGCAUUGGCAUAAGACAACAAGAAUCUUCCAUUGCGUUAAGUGCUUGGCAAGGUGUAGUAACACAGCCUGAAAUACACACAAGUUAAACCCGUGAGUACGUACUGGGAAAUCUCUAUUGGCGAGAUUUGGUUUUGUCUUAGUUGUAUUUCCUUUAUUGAAGUAUCAGUGAAACGCCUGCUAGCACAGAGGGAACCAGGAGAGGACGACUAGUAUUGAUCAGCUCGGAGUUAUGCUGCUGUUCACUUAGAUGACAGUGGUGCGGGUAUAAGGCUGAUCACAAACAACUAGCCGAAUAGUGUCGAGAUAAACUGGCAAACAGAGCACACGCCGUACCUUACUGAGGACAGCGACCAGCAGGAGGACUAAUAACUUCAUUUCAUCAACAUCUUUGUAGAGCAUGGCUUUGUAAUCUUGUGUUUGAGCUCUUCCUGUACAAGUACCAAAUCGGUGACAAUGUCGGAAAACGUCGGUAACGCGGAAUGUGAGGAUUUCCCGGAUAUCGUGGAGCUGAACGUUGGCGGGGUGUUCUACACCUCCACAUUAAAAACUCUCAAGCAGGAAUCCGACUCGCUGUUAGGACAGACAUUCAAUGGCACGGCCGCUCUCAAACUCAUCAAGGAUUCUAAAGGGAAAUAUUUCUUAGACAGGGACGGAGUGCUAUUUCGCUACAUACUCGACUAUCUGCGGAAUAACAAACUUGUUUUACCGGAGAAUUUUCACGAGAAGGAAAGAUUAAAACAAGAAGCGGAAUAUUUCCAGUUACCCGGUCUCGUGAAAUCACUAUGUUCACUGAUAGCAACAACACCGAAAGCCGGAUCAUUGUCGCAAACUAAAGUUCCUCCCAUAUCUAACAGUAACUCCCUCACCUCCGUAACGCCCUCAUCACGACCUGGGUGUAUCACUGUAGGGUAUCGGGGCACGUUCGCUUUUGGACGUGACGGUUUGGCGGACGUCAAGUUCAGAAAAAUAAGCCGUAUCAUUGUCUGUGGUAAGGUGUCGCUGUGUCGCGAGGUGUUCAAGGACACGCUGAAUGAGAGCCGGGAUCCAGAUCGUGGAGUCUCCGACAGAUACACCGUGAGGUUUUUCCUGAAACACAACUUCUUAGAACAAGCUUUUGAUAUGUUAUACGAGGAGGGAUUUUCCCUGAGUAGCUGCUGCGCUUCGGGUACAAACAACGCCGGGGAAAUCAAGGCUGGAAUGGACACAGAAGAAGCAAAAUGGCAACAUUACAAUGAAUUUAUUUUCUCCAGGAAGUAGCAAUACAGAAAUGAAUAUUUAUACUAUAUUUUAGUGUUAGUAGAACAGAUGCGAUUUUGACCAUUGUUUACUGCACGGUUAUACUGUGUGUCGUUUAAAACGAGUAUUUAUGUAUGAAAUGAGAUUGGUGAUAGCAAUGUUAAGCCAAGGAAGAAAAAAACACUUGGAUAAUUCAAAGUGACUAGAAAACGUUAUGGAAUAUCUCUGGAAAUUUUGUGGUGAAUUUCCUCGUGGAUUUAGGUUGACACUUGGUCACAAAUUCUAUAAAUGGAUGUAUGAUUAUGUAGAGCAGGUACUACAUUCCAUCAUAUUUACAUACUGUGGUGUGACUCGCGAACGGUAUGGUCGACAUGCAUAGUUAUAACAAUAUGCACUUCUGAUAAGGCAUGCAAGAGACCAAACGUUGUCUUUCAUCUUUGUUUUCAUCGUUCCCAUUGUAAGUAGAAUCCGUUUUUUUGUAGUUGGUGUAUUACAGACGCUUCAACAACACCAAGGAAACUAAUGGAAAUGCGUAUAUGUUUUCAUUAUCAUCUGGGCUUAAUGCAUUAAAAAUAUGUCGUUGAAAUUUAA